CACCGCCCAGAGGAACAGCCGCAGGGGCUGGCGCGCGCCCAGCGCCAGCGCGCGCGCCCCCGGCGACUCGGCGUCGGUGCCGCUGCGCAUGAGCCGCUGCGCGGCCGCGGCCAGCUGCACGUGCAGCCCGGCGACCAGCGCACCCGGGUGGAUCUGAUCGGCGCCGCCCAUGGCAUGCACGGCGCAGCCGGCGGCGAAGAGCAGCCGGUCGACGCCCAGCCGCUCGCGCUCCGCGGGCGCAGCGAACGCCUGCUCGAUGCGCGCCGCCGACUCGCCCAUCAGCCGGCGCACCAGCUGGCGGAAGCCGCGCGCGUACGGGCGGCUGAGGUGCGCCGACGCCGGCGAGUGGUACGCGGCCGAGAACGCCAGCCGCGGCGUCACCGCCAGCGCGCUGGCCUGGACCACCCACAGCCGCGCGCGCGCCGACCACACGGUCACGCCGCCGCGCUCCAUCUGCGCAAUCGCGUCCUGCGCCUCGCCCAGCCGCCCGUGCUCUGCCAGGCACAGCGCCAGUGCGGCGAGCGCCUCGUCCCGGUCACCGCACUGCGCGAUCUGGCCCUGCGCCGACUCGAGAUCAAGGCACCGCGCGUGCGCCAGCGCCAGCUCGCCAGCCUCCGCUGCGCUCAGCGCCCGCAUGUCGUCGGCUUUCGCGAGCCGGGCGAGCGCGCGCCCGCGCGACACAAACCCCUCGGCGCGCAGUCGCAGCUGCCUCAGCCCCGAGCCAGACCCGGACCCGGCACCAGCCCCGGACCCGGCGCCGGCGUAGUCCGCCAGCACCUGCUUGGCAGUCAGCCCAGCCAAGCGCCGGUCCAGCGGGCCGGCAAACUGCGGCGCCAGCACAGCUGCAACAAGCGCGCGCACAACGUGGCCGCUGACGUGCUUGGCUGCGCGCCCGGUCCGCGCGAACCGCCGGUCCGUCAGCUGCACGCCCAGGAUGUCCAGCUGCAACUCGGUCAGAAGGUUGACCAGCGCCAGGCAUUCUUCCCAGACGCCGUGCUGCGCGAUUGCACGCGCGAGCCGCAGCGCCACCGCGGUGUCUUGGAUCACGUGCGUCGUCCGCCUGUUGCCCGGCGACUGCUGCAGGAGCCCCUCGGCGCGCAUGGCGCUGGCGAUCCGGUACGUGGUGCUGAGAUCGCCGGAUGAGAUGCUUGUGUCGAGCGCGGAGAGCGCUUGUGCGCGGAGCGCCUGCUGCUGCUGCUGCGUGUGUGUGUGUGUGUGCGUGUCUGUGCUGAGUGCUCUAACUGAGGGUGUGGUCGUUGUGUUGGUCCUGGCCUGCAUCCGAAUCUGGCUCCGGCUCUGGCUCUGGCUUUGGCUCAUAUUUUGACUCUGCUGCUUUGAUCCUGCGCGUUGUGUUAUCUGUGCUGCGACACUGAGAGGUCGCCGGAGCCCGCCUCUGCGAGCCAGCGCGUUUCUCAACACCAGCAUUCUAUUCAACGUUCUAAAAAGGCAAUUGUGGAUUCUAAAAAGUCAACACCCGCUUCAAAGCCCUAGUCAAAGAUCGUGUUUAUAAAACAGAAUGUAAAUAUAUAUCAGCCAGCGAGUUUUUUUUAACAAGCGAGAAAGAACAAACGAAUUGGAUUACU